AGGGAUACGGAAAACCGUAAAUAUGAAACAUUUGGCGACUAACUUUACGAUAGAAUAUUCUCCAUACAGACAUUUUCCUUUAAAAUAUUCUUGCAAACACAUGACAAGCAAGCAAACAUAAUUUCCCUCAUUAUACAAUGGAUUCCGCAUUGUUUGAAACUUUGGCAUCUAGUACAAGUUUUCCACCUAUCCGUAUUCCAGCACCUACAUGGAAUACAACUGCUACUCUAAAAAAUAUACCAAUUGAUUCAAAUUUAGCAUGGCUACUAUGCGCUUUGUGCAUGGCAAUGAGCUGGGUCAUAUACAUCACAUAUUACAAUUCACGAGUCAUUGGCUACAUUUUAACAAGAGUUCUUAAUCAUUUCAUAAAGCAAGGACAUGUCAAAGUUGGGUCUUUGUCCAUAUCUGUUUUAUCGGGGAAAAUUAUGUUCCGCGAUGUUGCUUAUAUUACGGAAGACUGCACAUGGCGAGCUCAAGAUGGAUGGAUUAUAUUUCGCUGGUGGUAUCCAUAUGUUCGUAAAGAAAUAUCUGAAGAUUUGUCCCAUUCUGAUACAAGAUUAUCAAUGCUGCUAAAUGGAUUUGAGCUUCAUGUGUAUAACCGUUCACAAUUGUAUUCUCGAUUAGAACAUCUAUUUGGUUUAGAACCUUCUAUUGUGCCUUCUGGUUUGGAACCAUAUUGGCAAGACUCAGGAGGAGAAGGAGAUACUCAAACACCAAUAGAAAAGCAUGAUACUAUUACUGUUCCAAAAUAUGAAUGGCGAGAUUUAAUCCCUGUAAUUAAAGCAGAAAUUUCUACAGGUCGUGUUGUGUUUGGUAAUCGUUUGCUGCCAACAACAUUAUCUGUCAAUUUUGAAGAAGCUCACAUUAUUUAUACAACAAAACCUGCACCAUCAAGACUUGAUCAGUUUACUCACAUUACAAAAUGUAAAGCUGAGAACUUUAAAGUUAUUUUAGCUCCAAGCCCUAAAUAUACUGGUCUUAGUGAUGAACCUCCAAGAUAUAUGGGUGAAGGAUUUGUGGUUUUUCAAUCUAACUUCGUUGAUCUAUAUUAUUACCAAGAUGAAGCCGGAUUUGUGACUGCUGAACCUGAAAUGGUAGAACUCGCUGAUGGUGAUGUUGUCCAGAGAUCAACUGCUCCACUUUGGGGAUUGGAUAUUAAGUGUGGAAAAGGCACCGAUUUCAGCUAUGGACCUUGGGCAGAUCGUCAAAGAGAGCAUCUAUACAAAUUUUUCUUUCCACAGGACUUUCAGACAUUAGAAGUAACAAAGCAAGCCAAAGUUGGCGAAAGAAGAUUUUGUGAAAGUUUUGACAUUCGUUUAAGCACUCUAGCUGAAGCUACAAUCGAUAUUUUAUUUUCAAAAGAAAAGGAAACAAAUGCAAUUCAUAUGAAUGUUGGACAAGGGUCUUACUUGGAAGUUACGAUACCAAUGCGCAUCACUGAAGACGGGUAUAUUAGUAGAAUCAAUGGCCAACUAUUGCACCUUGAAGCUUCAACUAGUUUACAGUAUCGAUCAUUAGUUGAAAGUGAAACUCUUGAGUUUGAUGUUCAAGUGAAAUAUCCUCGUAUGUGGAAUGAUCACCAAAACUGGACUUGCAUUUUAACUGGAUGUAAAGCGACUGUUCAUUUAAUUUAUGCCCAUAAACAUUUUUUUCAUGCUCUUAUGGAAGACUGGGCUAGUAAAUCAAGGCCAGAUAUUCUGCACUUUGUGCCUUAUACUUGGCAUUUCAGUUUAAUACUUAAAGAAUUCGAAUUGAUAACGGUUGUUAAUGAAUAUAACUGGAUUGACUGUUCUUCUCAACACCAAGAGAAUACUUACUUGGCAGUUUCUGGUGACCAGUUUGAAUUGUCAUUUGAUUUACCAUUUAUAGAAUAUCUACCUCCGACUGUUGGUUUGAAAUUUUGGAUUCAGGGUGAAAGUGUUGAUAUGUGUAUGUACCUGCCUGAAGUUAAUACCAAUAGAGACAUAAUAUUAAUGCUAGAAAGAUGUUCAAAAUUGACAUGUAGAAAUGGCUCUCCUGUUGUUCAAGAUAAUAAUACGAAAAAAUGGAGAAAUAUGGCUAAAACAAGUGCUGGCUGGGUGGAUUGCUGGUCUGUACCUAUUGUUGCUUUGAGCAUAAGAUAUAUAUACCAUCCUUCUCCUCCAUGUUGCCAUUCAGGUUUGGAUUUAGAUAUUACGACUCCAGAAAAGGAAGAAAUUUUGCUUUCUCCAAUUCGUCCUAAUGGAUCUCAAAAUAGGAAAAAAAGAUCAUACAGCCAAUGCUUAGAAUUUGAUCCUAUGUCAAUGAAUCCUGACACAGUUCAUCUGGAACUGGAAAUUGGACCAUCCGUUCUAAAGCUAUAUGGAUCAUUGCUCAGAAAUCUUAUUAACUUGAAGGAAAAUUAUUUUGGUGAAAAUCAGAAGUUUUUUGAAUUUGAUUCACCUAUAAUAACACCUGAUCAAGUGCAGUCAAGCACUACUGAUGAAUGUGAUAAUAAGGAAUUCGAUCCUCGCGUGUAUCGUCCUUUAGAAGUAACAGUAUCUGUUACCAUGCAUGAUAUACAAGGGCAUAUCAUGAAGUGUUGCAGUGAAACUGAUCCACCAUGUCCUAGUUUAUAUUUAGAGAGAUUUUCAUUUGAAAUGCAUAAGACAUAUGAGGAGACUGUAUUGCAGUUACUGUUAUCACCAUUAAUUCUUAGUACAGUUGAUACAGUUGCACGUCCAGAUUGUCAUGCACAUUUAAAGGAUGGUCAUGUAGCUGUUUCAUCUCUGCAAGUUCGAGGACAUGCCAUGUUUUCAGGAGUUGAUAGACCUUUAGGAAGUGAAACCCUGGAGUACGCUUGGCUCAUUGAAGUAUUAGUUGGUGAUAUCACUGGUCGAAUAACUGUUCCGCAGAUGUAUCACACAGUUACUGGACUCGAAUUGUUUGUAUUUCAAGUACAGCAAGUAGAUUGUGAUCUCCAACCUCCUUAUGCUUUUAAAUUAUGUCAGCAUGAUAUACCUCAACCUAACUGUUCGCAUACAACAGCUUCUUUAGUUUGCCCUUGUCCAGAUGAUAUUAAAUAUAGAAUGACUCGUCUUUCAGUUGAUGCACUGGAUAUCUGCAUUGUUGAAAGUGGGACUGCCAUUGAAAUUGAGAUUUUCCCUUUGAGAUUAGCAACUUGCAACUUACAUGGAGGAGAUACUUUAUCUGGUUUGAGCAUGCUCCUUCAGCAUGUGCAAUUUAAACAAUACGCCAAAAUCAGUUCAAAUCUAGUUUGCUCUUCUGUAUAUAGUAUUGUUAGUCAUGGACUUGGAUCACAACAAAAUUCUUCAUCUGAAUUAUGGCUAGAAGUUGGAGGUUUUAGCUUUGGACCUGUGUAUGUUGAUGCAGCUUCAUCCCAAUUGAAGAAAGAUGAAGUAAUUCAACAGGAUAAGUUUUUAAAAAUUCAUGAUGCUAAAAGGAAAAAAUUGUGGUUUUUAUGGCCCCUCGACGCAUUAACAAUUACCCAGUCAGUAAAUGGAAAAUGUGGAUGUGUCGGAGGCUGCGCUUUUUUUGGAAGCAACCGGAAUGGUGUUUAUUUUUUUUGUGUGAAUAAUCAUCAUGAAGAUGUCGUUUCUGCUAGAUAUCAAAUUGGUACGGACAACUAUUUAGGGUAUGGAGAAAGUUUAUUACACAGAGGUCACUUUGUGUUUGAUGCUCCUGAAAAUGCUCCUAUUCUUAAAACUGGAUACAGUCCUAGUCAUUCUGAAAAAUCAUUUAUUGCUACUGAUAGUUCAAAUGCUCUUAGUAGCAGUAAAGUAAAUGAUACAAUACUUUCGAGAUCGUCUGAUACUGAUUCUCAGUUUGUUCCAAGAGGACACAGUGCAUUUUCAGAAAGUUUUCUAGAUGAUAAAAUAUCUUUUUUCAGUCACAACAAAAUUACUAAUGAGAAUCAUUUGGAAAAUGCACAGUGUGACACAAGUAUUACAUCUUUUUCUCGAGAACAUAGGCAUAGUCAAGUACGUUGCAUUAAAAGACAGUUCAGCAGUCCUACUCACAUGUCAAUGCCAUCUAGUUCAUCAGUUCUUUCUUCGUUUCAAAUUUCGAUGGCUCAGUCUGCUCCAGUAUCGGGAAAACAUGAACGAAAAAUGAUGGUAAAGAAUGAUGAUUGGAAGAAUACAUUCGAAUCUUCUGUAAGUUCUGCUCCUGUCAGAGAAGGAAGUGUUAGUCCUGGCUUAUCUCAAAAUCGUUACAGUUCGCGUAUAUCUUUAAAUACAUGCCCUAAUGGACGAGGUGAAAAUAAUGGUUCUAGACAUUCACUUGCCAAUAUUGCUUCUCGCAGUUAUUCACCUCGCUCUGUUCGAAGAGCAGCUUCUACUGAAUCUACUCAUUCAACAGAAAGCUAUUUUUCAGCUGAUGAAGAUGCUAUAUCAUCUCUUGAAAAUGGAGAUUCUGUAACGUUAGAUGAAAGUCACAGUGAAGAAGAAAAGCGACAUGUGAUAAUCAAAAACGGUACUAAUUCUGUUGAUAGAAAAAUUUCAGCAACACGGAGGUCUCUACAUGAUAUACAAGAAACUCCAUCUCAACAAUCAAGUGACAGUGAUUUGCAUGUAACUGUUUUACAACGAACUCCGUCUUGUGGAAAUCAUCAUGAUCCAUCAGAUUCAAAUUCUAUUUCAAGCACUUCCUUUUUGUCUGCUAUGUCUUCUCAAGAAGAUAUAGCCUUGGUUGAUCUUCAUAAUCAGAUGGACAAACCAAUCAUUGAAUCACCAUUGCUGAUGUCAUGCUAUAUGGCACAUAUGACACAACUUCAAUGUUAUCAAUGGGUUCAGCCACCUCCAUUACCUCAAUUUAUGCAUCAAUCUGGAAGUCAUCAUAGUGGCCACUGUAGAGAUUUUAUAUUUAAUAGAAUGCAUUCUGCUUGGAAACCAAAGUUUGUACCCUUAACUGAGGGUUAUACUUCAAUACAUAUGGUUGAUAAAAGUAAAGUACCUGGUUACCGCCAGAAAUAUUGCCAUGUGCAAAAAUCUGUCUCCACACAUUCGGAAGAAGAAUUUCAGCCAGGCUUAUUCCAUCCAGAAAUGAAAAAAGAUGAUUGCAUUGGUGGUGAUUAUAGCUCAAAAAAUUCUUCAAAGGUUGUUUUAGUGAUCAAACUGAGUGGUGAUGUACAUUUUAUGAUUUCUCCAUUGUUUGUUGAAAGUCUGAGGAGUUUUAUUGACGUUUUAACUCCUACAUUAGUACAACUUCAUCCUCUCACCAUAGUCAAUCAUCUGCAUGUGAUGUGUUCCCAUGAAGUUCAAAAAAAUAAUCAACUGAAAAAGGAAAAGAUUUUACAUCUGAGUCAGUUGAGAGCUCAAAUAAUUGAAAAAUAUAAGAAGCGUAAUAUAAAUGAGAAAAAUAUUAAUGGAAGUUCAGAAAAUUUGGGUAACAAUUAUGAAGAAACACGUACAACUCAAACAAGAACUCUUAUAAAGGUGAAUAAGGUAAAUAUCAGCAUAAUGCAGGCAUCUAUUGUAGAAGAAGUGAUCGCAUUUUCUGCCCUUGAUAACUUGAAGGAUUUAACAUGUGUUUCACUUCUUUCAAUUUGUGUAGAUAAUACUCUUAUCCAGCUAUCUCAUAGCUGCCAAGCAAAAAAGGUUAUACAGACAUUUACUGACUAUUGUAGUGAUAAUAUAGCUCGCUCAAAAAUGAAUGAACGUUCAUCCAAAAAAGCAAAAACAGAUUCUUUGCCAACUGAACUGUUAACAGUUGAAACUAGUGAAACUCAACAAGAAGAAACUGUUCUAUCCGCUUCCGUGACAUGUAUCCACUGCCAGUUGCGAAGAUUAAAGAACAAUAGCAGCAUUCUAAAAGAAGCUAUGUUAACUGUUAUACCUUACUACAGAAGUAAAGUCGAAUUUACUUUUGAGAACUGUAGUUUCCUUGGGCGUCAACUUUCUAAACAAAAUGAAAAACAAGAUACUUUUAUGGAUUCUGAUUGGAAUCAAUAUUUAGAUGAAGAAAAAUUAGGUUUUAUAAUGUUUGAAUGCGGCUUGGAAGACAUAGGUGUAAAGUUUGUAAAAAGGUGGGGUUAUAAUUCUUUACCAGCUAUUGAAGGAGAGGAGAAAAAACAUGUUCCUAAAAUACCAAAAGAAAAUAAGUUAUCAACAAGAAAAAUGUAUACAACUAAUGAACAACCUUCCCCAUCUAGACAUAGUUUCAAAUCCGGCAAUUGUGAUGACCAUUGGGAUACUAAAAUGUCUUUUCCAUCUUGCGUGUCGGAAUGUGGAAGUUAUAGCAGUUCAGAUGGUAGCAAAUCAAAUAUUCACCAUCAAAAUCUAAAAGGAGAUGCAUCUUCAUUUAUAAUUGAAUUGAAAACUGUAUGGUUUAACUUUGCUGCUCCUCCAAGGACUCCAAAUACACGAAAAAUUGAUUUCACUCGAUUAGACUGGCAUUUGCUAAGUACAGCCACUCCAUCAAUAAAUGCUUGGCUGAAACCAAGCGAUCGUCUUUUAGUUUCAGUCCGAAAAAUGGCCAAAGAAACAGCACAGAGAUCUGCAGCCGCUAUGGCUUGUCUUAUGGCUGAAGCUUUAGAAGUUCAAAGUAUACAUAUGCCUAUUAAGAGUAAAUAUCUUUCUGUGAAGCUUUCACCUCUGGCAAAAACUUUGCAAGAAGACCCUUCUUGUCAAUUGCUAAUGGUUCUGAGAAGAUACUUGAAACAAGUAAAUUUAGAAGCUGUUGAAGAAAAUUUGUCUCCUGAAUAUAUUCCUCAAAUUAAAACUCUAUAUCGUGGUUUGAUAGCUCUUAGUCGUCAAUGGAAAAAUGUUCUUUAUAUGCCCUUCCUUGUGGAACAAAAUAUUCGAUUUCGUAAAAACAUGAGACCCUUGAACUUAUCCUUUUCUGCUCCAAAAAUUGAUGCCAUGCUAUCCAAUAAUGAAGAAAAUGAUAAACUAUCUUUAGAUGAAUGUGAAGUUACUGAUGAAACUACAAAUUUGUUAAUUGCUGAAGGUGGAUCCUUAACUGUUGCACAAGGACAAAAAGUUGUGCCAUCCCAAGGGACACCGCCUAUUAAAUCUUAUUCCAGUCCAGAUACCGGUUCUCGCUCUAGCAGCAGUCAACAAGAAAUUACAGAAGAAGCUGUGAGUAGUGGUUCUGGUCCCCAUAAAUCCAGGAGGAAACUUCCUAGUUAUCCCCCACGCACUUCAAGAGCAAGUGUUGCAUUUCCUCUUUUAGGUGGCCCUCUUGAUUCUCCUGGUCGAUAUGCUGGGGGCAUGAACAGCAAAACUAAUGGCUUUGUAUUACAACAGUAUGGUGUUAAUGCAAUAUCAAAAUUAAAGAGGAAUGAUAGUAGACAUAGUCUAAAGUCAACUACUUGGAGUUUAUCAAGUAUUGAACCAAAUUUGCAAUCAUCUGUCUUUGGCACGUCACAAAAGGGCUUAGUUAAUGGUGAUAUGGAUCAAGUUGAUGAAGAUUUGUAUAAUUGGAUGGCAAGGCAGCAAGACUAUAUUAGAAGUACCAAUAAUCAAAAACGAAUUGAACGUGCUCAGAUGGAAUCAAAGAAAAGUACAUUUGCUACUGAAAAUAGUUUUGAAACUGAAAUGCCUAAAUCUAUAGCUGCUGCAGUUAAUUUUGCUCCUCUGAGUAUUCAACUAGCUGAUGCUCAUGUUAUCUUUCAGCCUUUUCUUAAUAGCAUUGGUGUUCCAAACCAAACUCAUCACACAUCUUUCAGUGCAAUAUUUGGGCCAAAAAUAUCUGUGUCCACUGCUGUUGAAAUGUUAAAGAUUGAUAUAGUAGAAUCUGAAUAUCAAAGUAAUGCACGGCAAAAGAAAAAGACAAAUCGUAAACAAUCAAAUAUGCAUGGGAAAUUUUUUAUUGAUACUAGCAUGGACACACCUACAUUUAUUUGUGAUAAAUUUUCAUUAGAAAUGGAACUAAGAGAAACACUGCAUCACAAGGCUGAAAGCAUAAGCAAUGAUAUUUUAAUUACUGCGCCAGCUUUAAUGUUUAUGACAAAUGACUCAAGGCAUUCUACUGUUAUUAAUUUUACUGUGGACAUAAAUUUUGUUGCUCAGCAGGUAAACAUGCCAUUACUUCGCUUACUGCAUCAAUUUUCCACCAUGUAUGAAAAUAUUAAAGAAACAAGACUUGAACUUAAGGCAAACAGACUAAGUUCUUUUAAAGAAAGUGUGAAAAAUGACAAAAAGGGAUUUUCACCCUCUGAAAGCCAAACUGGGAGUUACAGACUUAAUUCUCCGCGUCCUCCCCCAGCAAAAUUCAAUACUCCCACUCCUACACCUACAAAAUCUUCAUCAGUUGGUGUUGCCAGUUUAACUGCUGGUAUUCGCAGACCUCAUACUCUCUCUCAAAGACUCAGAGCAAGUACUAAAGGUUACACAAACUUACAAGAGAUGACCUCUAAAGAAGAACGUUCUUCUAGUCCUCUAAGCUUCACUCUUAGUGAAUCUGUGGCAAUCGAUAUUCCCGACACUUGUUCUGCCCCUGCUUCUGAACACACAUUAUUAGGGGAAAUUAAAGAUUUGCAUCCUAGAUGUUGGAGAACAAUGUUUUACUUACUGGACCUGUAUGAUACUAUGCCUGAGCCAAAAACUGUGAAUGAAAGAUGCUCUGCUGUUCACCUUCCUCAAGAUAGGAAAUCUCCAGAUAUUUCUGAUGAAUACAAAGGGAAUGGAAAAUAUGAACCACUGAAAGAACAGCAUGUUGAUAUUGAUGCUCCUGAUAAUACUAAUACAGUAAAACCAGAGAAAACCACAUCUCCUGUAAUACAUAAAGAUCAUUUAAAGGGCUUUACUAAAGCAUUAAUUGUUCGAGAUUGGACACCUUUAAUCGUUUUUGGAGUGGCUACAGUACAUAAAACACGUCUUUUGGCUAUGUUAAGUGGUUUGAAAUUGGAAGGAGAGUUGAAUGGAUUUCAUUCCAGUUUAACUCAUAAGGAGAGAGUUCGCGGAACAACUCGUAAAUGGAGUGAAUCGUCACUUGCUGGUCAGUUGGGACAAGCUAUGGUAGUAGUAUUAGAAGGUGUACCUCCAAAUCAGCAAACUGUAGUAAAGAUGACAGUAGGAAAAUCACAAGCCUUGUAUUCCAGCCAAAAUAAGAAAGGAAAAGAUCGCAAUUCAGCUUUAUUGACUAUUGGACCAAUUAAUAUUGAUAUACCACAACAUCCUGUAGUUCUGCAUGGUAUGAUGACGCGCAGCAGUCGCCAAUUAUCUACAACGUUACAAGAACUGAGGGCAACGAGACAACCUCUGAGAACGAGCCGUCAGAUUGAUGAAUACAGUGCUAGUGCUGCAAAUCAUUCACCACAACCCCCUUGGGAUACGCCUCAAAACCGUUUACCAGAUCAUGGUCAUGAGCUUAUUAGGCCCAUUAUAAUUCAGUUUAGUAUUAUAUUAGACAGUUUGACAAUUGGAGCUGCAGUUUUGCCUUCCCUUAGAGCACAAUACCAGAUGGGUCAAGUUACAAGUAUGGGUGUUACUGGAAGCAAAGCGAAAUUUACUGUGGAUCUUCCACAGCACACACUGAGCUUUAAUACGAAGAUACAACCUUCUGAAGGGAAUAUGCCUUCAUCAGCUAGUGUUGAUCUUCCAUUGGUUCAUAUAUCAGCAGAAUAUAUACAAGAUCCUACAUCUGCCAACACAGCUACUAAUAAAUUAGAGUCUUUUACUGAUGGUGUAGUGCUAUGCCAAGGAAGUUAUCUAAGUGCGUUGGCUGAAAUCGGAUCUUUUGAACACAGCUUAACUACAGAUUUGUUAAAUCAUUUAGUACUUGUCCAGAAAGUUUUCAUGAAGGAAGUUAAUGAAGUUGUCCAAAAAAUGUCUGGAGCAGACAAGCCUGUGCCUUUAUGGGGUGAGCAAGAUAAACCGUCACAUAUGAGACCUAGAAGACUUCUGUUUUCUCUCUUAUUACGUUUGAAGGGCAUUCAAAUUACUGCGACAACUCCAACAAGUAGUGCUGUUCGCUUAGAAACAGGGGUUGUUGAGCUACAGUUAUCAAAUAGAGUGCAAAAUAUGUCUUCCAGUGGCCCUUAUACUGGAAGCUACAUGAAAUUGUUUGGCAAAGCUCAAGUUGAUGUGAAUCUUGCUCUAGGACAACUAAUAAAGAAUGCAUUAUUUGAAGAGGCCGAACCUGAAUUUCAGCAGUUUGCAUAUUUUAAGACCAGAAUAUGCAUGCGGAAUGCUUUACAGGAUGAAAUGAUAUCAAGCCAGUCCGAAGAUAAAGAAGCAGUUUUAAUAACAUUAAACAGACCUUUAAUGUAUAUUCAACCUAUAGCAUUAGAUAAAGCUGUAUUGGUAUGGUUAAAUUAUAAAAAUGCAUAUGAAUAUUGGAAUGAGCAAAGAGCAAGUCUAAAUAAAGAGGUACUUACUGCUACACAACAAGUGUUUGAGAGGGUUCCUCAAAUAUCUCAGCUAAGUUCUCAAGCUCUUGGAACAUUGUUCCUUCAAUUAACUGUUGAUGACAUGGGUAUUUGCCUUCCUUUAAAUCCAUAUGCUGGGAAAAAGGAGGGAUAUAAAAAGAAUGUAAGCAGCAAAAUGUACGAUACUGAGUUGAAAGCUGCUGUAGUUGUAACCUUAGAAAGUACACGAAUAUCAGCUUGUUCCUGUGGGUCAUUAGUGAGCAAAGCUAAAUUUACAGGACUUUGCAUUCGUUUUGCUGAUGACUUUGAAACAUCUCUAGAUGACUGGAAACCUGAUCCAACUGAUUCAAACAUAAUGAAUUUAUGUGUUGUAUCGGAAGGAACAUAUGAGAUAUGCUCAAGAACAAUAGCUCCGCAAGGCUUAAAUAAUGCGAAAUGGAUUUUAAAUGUUCAAUGGCAAAUGGAAGGUGUUGAUAUUCAUCUGGAUACAAACAUUGGAAAGCAGUUGUCUACGUUAUUUAAAACACUUACUGCAAUAACAGGUGUAGAGGAUGAAGGUGAUGGUAUGGAUUAUCCAGAUGUUGGUGUGGAUGAAUCUACAAGGCAUGGUCCUUCAGUUCAGGAACCAGUUAUAGCUCGAAAAGGUAGUACAUUUGUCGAAACAUUGCCUCCUCUGUUUCUGGAUCCAAGUUUGGAUGCUAAGAAAAGAUCAAGAUUAAUAGAAAAAGAAAUGAAUGAACAAGCCAAAAUCAUUAAUGACUUACGAUUGCUGGGAGCUAGUCAAAGUACAAUUGAACAAGAAGUGCGCCGUUUGCAUGAAUUGGAAACUGCAGUUUUCAAUGAUUUUCGAAGAGAUGUUAUUAAAAAACUUCGAAGGCAAAGUGUGAAGGCAACUUCAUUCAAAGAUAAAUUAGGCCUUGGAACUCGUUCAGCUGCUGGGCCCUUACAGUCUAUGUCAUUGUUUUUUCCUGAUACAGAAGAAAAUGCGGAAGUUGGGAUGAGUGAAAUUAUUCAAACUCCCAGUAGUAAAGACAGUUCACCUAGCCAUGCGCAUACACGCACAGGAUCUUUAGACAUGUCUGAUUUACCAAAUUUGACUCUUCCAGAAAAGUCUGUUCAUAGGGAAUUAUCCUUAGACAGUGUUUUUACAUCAAGUGCUGCUGCAGACCUUGGAUACAGUGAAACACCUACUCCAUCACAUAACCAGGAAUGCAAUGGCAAUACAUAUAAAUUGGAACAUUCUCCUUGUCCAGCAGAUCAUACAACUUCUUCAGAAUCACCUGCUAGUAGUUCUGCGGAUGCUGUUCUUGAAAAUACUAUGAAAGCAGAUACCAUCGACUCUAAAAGACUUAAUGAUCAACAAAAGACUGGACAUACAACACCUGGUGGAGCUAGCAGUGGCGUCAGUUCAUUUAAACAACCUCCUUCAGAGCCAAACGUUGAUUUUGAAUUAGAUGUUAAAGUGUUUUUCAACAGUGGAAAAUGCGUCUUGCAUACUAAAGACUUCAAUAAAGAAGAGGAGUUUUUGAAAAGAUCAAUGCGAAAGGAGAGAAGUUUUUCUGGAGGUGGUUUCGAUUUAUCUUCCCCUAGCCACACUAAGAAACGCCAUGGAAGUGGUAUGAGAAAUAACAUGUCAGCAUCUCGUUUGCGUUAUGUUCAAACUGCACCUACAAAUCAAGUGGCUGAUUUUACAAUAUUUCUGAUACCCGGAUUAGAUGUUAAAGUGCAUUAUAAUUCUAAAACUGUUUCUGGGGAUAGUCCUAUUACCAGCAUAAAUGGCUCAAGUAAAUAUUGUUCAGAAGCAGAAACAGGAGGAUUCGAUUCUUUUUCUGGUCGAUCUUCCUUUCUAGCUGUUGAUCCAUCACAAAUGUCUAGUUGCAGUCUUAGGAAAGCUAGAAUUAAAAAGGCUUGUCUGUUUGCAUGGGUUACAUUGCAAAGUAUCCCAGAGGAAGCUGUUGUUAGCCCACAUAUUCUCGAUUUCCUCGAACAAGCAUUGGAACCUAUUCCGAUUCAGCUUACGAAAACUGCUCCUGUUUUAGAAACCAACAAAAUUGAAGACGAAGGAGCUUCAUUGGUUACUCCUAGUCAAUAUGCAUAUGCAUCAUUUCCUGUUGAUGUCAUUGUAUAUUUUCGUAUGCAGCCAUCAAUUUUACGUUUCAGUUGUUUGCCAAUAUCACGUGUGGAAUGUAUCUUACGAUUGCCUUCUGUUGAUUUAGUGUUUUCUUCAAAAAGAGCCGAAGACGAUUUGUAUGCAACAGCUGUUCAAGACGCUGGUUCUACUAAAUCAAAAGGUGGCUUCCUUAAAGAUGGUGGUAAUCGCACAAUCUUUGAGUCUGCAUCUGUUUGUCAGACGGCUGUUGGAGGACUGAGCAUGACUGGUUGUUUAGCUGAUUUUUCUUUGUAUAUAUUCCACCCAUAUGGUGGUGCCAAAAAAGCUGGAAGCACUAAAGAAGGAGAAACUUCCCCUUUAUCAACUAGUGAAAGAAAAGAUUCUCUCAGUUUACAAGUCGAAUUUGUAAAAGUCAAUAUUUCAAGGAGUCGAAAAAUUAAUUUUUCCAUGGAGCCUGUCAUGAAUUUCCAAAAAUUAGGAAGAGCAUUUGACUCUGGUGGUGCUCUUAUACGCUUUUCAGCUAUUUGUGAUAUAGGAUCUGCAUCCUUUAAAUAUGACAUGAGAAGACUGACUGAAAUUUUAGCGUUUCCUAAGGCUUGGUACCGUCGCAGUAUUGCUAGAAGAAUGUUUUUGGGUGAUCAGAGUACUGGAGCUCUUUAUAGUGACCAAGAAGAUUCAGUUGAAACCAGUAGUAGUAGUGGCACCAUGUCACCAAGUAUAAGUAAAGCUGAUUAUAUCGCAUUUUCUUCUCCUGUGAAUGUUCAGUCAUCUACUAGUGGGUUAACAACAUCGACGGCAUCAGAAAGUGCCCCACUUUCAUCAACUUCUGCGAGGCCUUCUCACAAUAUAAAAAAUAUUAUUACAUCAGAAAAUAUUAAAGAGUCUAUGAAGCCCAUGAGACCUCUUAUUUCUAAUCAUGGACAUAGAGACCGACUUUGGCUGAAUUUAGAUAGAAAUGUACAAGAAUCAAAAAGAGGUGUUGAUAUUCGCAGUCCUUCAAAAAGUGGGUCUUCCAGUUAUGAUGAAAGCAAAGAUAGUGCAUCCUCAGAGCAUUCGUCUCCUCUUCACUCUAGUAGGCAUAACAGCUCGUGGGAAACUUUAGUUUUAUUUGCCGUCAAUCUGUCUCGUUUAAAUGUCCACAUGAAUAUGGGAAAUGUGAUGGGAAAUACUACGUGGCUAACUAGAGACUUUAAAUCGCAAGGAAGACUUUCAAUCGGUAGUAGUGGACAUAAAAACCUUUUCCUCUCUAUUGGACUUGAAGGAUCAACACUGGAUAGUAAAGGUGGAAUAGUUGGAGGAACUAUUGAAUUGAGUCGCAUUGAUACAUGCAUGCACCUGAAAGAAGAAUGGGGUCAAGAGCCUGAUCAUACUGUGGCAUUAAAGUUGGGCGCUUUAGAAUCUCGACUAGAUUAUAUGGGUACAAGUGUUUUGAUGGGGCGUGUAAGCUCUUUGGACAUAACUCUAAAAGAUGAAUGGAGAGUCAGUACAGUAUUAAACCAAGAUCAUAUUUCUAGUCAUCCAACAAAGAGACCUGCUCUGAUAUUUGUAAAUGGGGAAUUGUCUUGGGACCAACUUCAACUCUUAAUUUCAAAAUCAACUACACCAGAUUUAAUAAAAAUGUACUCCAAAUUAGAGGAAUUUUUCUCUCAACAAUUUCACAGUAGUAAGCGCGUGUUUUCGUCUUUGCAACCACGGCUUCAAAGGCAUUCUUUGAAAAAUCGUUCAAGAAAAUCAAAAUCAUCAGAAGAAACUGAAGCCAAGCACCAUCGUCAUUGGCAAAAAGUAUUAUCCAUGGUUUCUGGUUUACAGUUAAGCACAAUGACGAGUGCAUUACCAGAUAUGGGGACUAUAUUGGGUGGAACAAUGGAUCUUCAUGGUUAUAAUAUUUCCUUAGCCUGUUUCCAUGGUAUUAACUUUCGUUCAAAAGCUUGGGCUAUUUUCAGCAUGAGGAAACCUACUAUAUCAUUUGCUACAGAAGCUCAAGAUGUUGUUAAAGAUGAUGGUAGUGUAGCUACACAUAUUGUUCAAAAUUUGUCUUAUGCUCUUGGAAACAGCUCUACAGAAACUGCUCAACAUGCCAGCAUGGCAACAGUGUGUCGUAUUUCUAGAAAUGUCCUCUUUCCCCCUCAAUUUCGGAGUAUGCAUGAAUGGUUCCAUUAUGCAUUUGCUACUAGUGAAUUGGAUGAUGUGGGUAGGUUUCCUGUAUUGGAGCACGAUCGUGAAAGUACCAGCGAGAAUAGACGUGUUUCAAUGCCAUCCAAGGGACCUGAAUUUAAUCAUAAUAUGGAAGUAAUAUUUGCUCUUCCAAGCAUGCAGCUGCAUUUAAAAACAGAACAUCUCCAACCAGCUAAACCAAUUUCUACUGGAGGUCCCAAACCAACUGUUGAAUGCAGUUUUGUGACUGAGUUCGAUGAUCAUAUAUUUGUAGCUGUUGAUGCUGAAGCUUUCUUUUUCUUACAUGAUUUGAUUACUUCCUACAUAAAGGAAAAAGAAAUAGUCAGUACAUUUGGAAAAUCUCAUUCUCCAGACAGUGACCGGAAACUUAAGAUGGCUGAUCCAACAGAUUCCUUGCAAAAAGAUUGGAGAAGUUACCAGUGUCACACAUGGCAUUUAGAACCUACUGUGAGGCUUUUGUCCUGGGCUGGGAAAGGAAUAGAGCCCUAUGGUGUAGACUAUAUUCUGCAAAAGUUAGGAUUUGCACAUGCCAGAGUCACAAUACCUAAGUGGAUGCAAAGAGGGUGCAUGGAUCCACUUGAUAAAAUUUUAGCUGUUGUUAUGGAAAAAAUGAUUUCAGCCGUUAGAGAUGACAAAGACGAUGGUGGUGUGAAUGUCAAAAAAUUAUAAUUGUGUGUAUUCUGUAAAAAGCUCUGCAUUACUAGUUGUUUAUCAACAUAUUAUUGUGAUUUUUGAAAAUGUGAUAUCACCUCUGUUAAAGCGACUUCAUUAGAGCUGCAUGCAUUAUUCACUGUGAAGCAUGCAUUUUCAUGUAUUGUAUGUAUGUAAAUACAGAACAAUUUAUUCAUUAAUAUUUGUUAUUUAAAUGUAUCUUAAUAUUUAAUUUUAGAAUUUUACCUAUGUUCUGUUUCAGGAAUUUAAAUGGAGUUUAAUAAAGCCAUGGUUGUGUUAUUGGAGCUUAUUCAAUAAAAGGAAAUUAAUGUGUAUAUAAAAGAUAUAUUUUGUAAGUGAAAUUUAAUUUGCUUAAUUUUGCAUUACUGAAAAAAUUCUUGUUUGUGUUUGAGUAUUAUAUUUAUUCUUAAAUUCUGUUAAGGAACUACCUCUUUUUGCAAAUUUAAUUACUUCUCACACAUAUAAAUUUCUAUUGAAAUAGCAAUAAUUUUGCUUUUGUUUGAUUAGUUCAUAAAAAAAAGUGUUAACUCUUUAAAGAUUGCCUUUGCAAUAUUCAUCUUAACUUAGUCAUUUUGAUAUGAAAAUAGAAAUUACCUUGGAAAGAUAAACCUUUUGCAGAUUUUUUCGUUUGGAAUGUUUCAUUAAUGUUUUUGAGGGAAACCAUUUACAUAAAUCUUAUGAAUCUUUGUUUUUGAUUUUGUUUAAAUGUACUGGUCUUUAAAUUAUGUGUAAUUAUCUGUGAAUUUUUUUGUUAUAUGUGUCUUUUUAUACCCACUGAUUUAUAUUUAUUUUAAAAAUACUGAAUUAAACAUAAAAAGUCAGUACUUAAUCUCAUAUGAAACCUCUAUAGUUAUUUUACAUUUGAUGCCAUAAUUUAGUUCCUAAAUACAUAAUGUGGAUUCACAUUUCUUGUACAUAAAAGCCAGGUUUAAUAUUGACAUUAUUUCGUGGAAGAGGGAAUUGUAUGUAUAUGUUAUGAUCUCAUAAAUAUUUUUAUAACUAUUAUCUUAUACGGCCAGGAUUUUACUUGAUACUUCAUGAGAAGUAGAUUUCAGAAAAAUAUAAUUACUUUUUGUGUUUGGUAAAUAUUUUUAUAUAAAUUAUAUGAUAUUUAUUAACUAGUCAAUCUUUAAGAUGUAAAACUAAUUCUUGUUAACUUUUCACUAAAUUUUUAAUGUUCAUUUGUAUAAUAGUUGAAUCGCCCAAAAACGAACAUUUUGUUGAAUUAAAUGUACUUCAAUCAAAAUCAAAGUUUUGUUUCUUAGAAUUAGAGAUUUUUAAUGUGAAAACAAAAUUUGCUAUAUGCUAAUACAGAUUUGUACUCAUGUCAUUCACUUUUACUAGUAAAAGAACUAUAAUCCUGAUGAAUGUUUUGACGUGUUGGCCUUUAUAAUUAAUGAAUAAGUCCUUUAUAAGAAGAAUAAGUCAGAAAUUUUUGAAGAAGCAAGCAUUUUCAGAUUUUUGGUGUCUUUGAAUUUCAGAGAAAUCUCUUUCAAUUUUACUUGUAUGUAAAGUAUUGCGAACUUUUCAUACAAUAUCAAAGAAAAGACUUGCAUUUUUUUUUUUUUUUUUUUUUUUUUUU